AUGAUAACAGUGUAUAGCCGUUCUCCUUGUGCAUACUACACUACUGUUCAUGUUGAUGUUACUGAUGUUGCUGGACUCAAAAAUGGUUGUGUUCUUCAUACGUUGCUAGCGAUGNNNNUCGGACCGGCAUGGAUUGCCCUUGGCCGCUCGUUCGCCGCCAACGACGAGUCUGAGCGUGCUAUACAAGCUUACCGCUCGGCAAUUAAGCACUGCCCCGAAUGGCACACACCGUGGUUGCUCAUAGGCAUGGAAUACUUGCGAGUUGGCCCAGCUGAGAGCUACUCAGGUCAAGGAGUCCAAGUGGACUAUGCUACAGCUCUCGCGGCGAUCGACAUCGAGAACUGUCGGCGACACGGGCAGCUUACUGCUCAGACCAAGGACAUCGCCAAAUAUCACAACAACUUGGCCUUCUCGCUGUGUCAGAAUGGUCAGCUGGAACAGGCGGCAGAGGCAUGCCGAAAGGCACUGAAAGUGGCACCCAAUGGCAACUGUGCUGAAACCAUGGAGUCUCAUCAGAUGUUAGCUUUUGUCCUGAGCAAACAGGGCCUGCCUUCUCAGGCUCUUGACCACUACCAUCAAGCCAUAGCUAUGGGGGAGAAAGCUCGAGGGAACGUGUCUACUCGUGCUGCACAUUCUCUUGUGAAUCGACUCAUGCGCAACAUCUCCCAGGACGGUAUACCUGGAUGUCUAUCCAUGGAUAAUUUGGUCCGGCAUGUUGAUGUUCAAAUGACGGUAUAA